AUGACUGAAGAAGAGCAUUUUGAUUCAUCUGCAUCAGCAUCCGAGCCUGUUGGAUAUCCAGGAAGACCGUAUGAUACCUCUCUUUUAGUUGAGUACGAACAUCAUGUUGCUAGACAUAUAUGGUUCGGUGAGGAGAGAGGGUCGAAGAAAGAGUUAAAGGUAGCGGGACAUGGGUUGAAGUUGAUUCAGAGGGUUCCACUACAGCUACCCAGAGAGAUGGAGGGCUGGAUAUCUAGGUCUGGUCUAGCUUUACUCCAGAGAACCAGUUUAACAAAGAUAGACACGAACCUGGUUUCCGCAUUUGCAGAGAGAUGA